AUGGCUAAUCCCCCAUCGAAGAAAGUUCAGAAAAUUUCUUUCCCUCCAUGGAAGGGCGCUAAACAACGAGAAAGAAAGCAUGAGGUAACUCACGUGAAGCGCGAAUCAAAGUUGGAAGAUCUGAACAUCGAAGAUGGAACGUUUUCAUGGACCACGUUCGCUAACCUUGUGAAACCUCAACUAGCUGCCAUGGAGCCGAAAGCAAGGUACGAGGCGGCAAAGAAGUUCUCGGAUAUCCUCCAAGGCGAUCUCUCUGCUACCUCAGGAACUGUAGGUUAA